UACAGUUCGUCUCCGACGGAGUGGCAAGUAUAACGAUGUUUCGCUAUUCUGCUAUUGUUGCCCUAGUGGCUUUCUACUUUUCGGCGGUCGCCCUGGGCGAACCGGUGUACGCCGACGACGAACUCCUUCGUCAACAGAAAGAAGUCUACGAUGUACUUCAUCACGUCGAUCAGGCCGAUAUCGCUCACCCUAAAUUCUUCAAAAUAGCAAAGGAAUUUGACAUCGAGACUUACCUCACCACCUCCGAACACGGAAAGGACUUUUACAACCUGUGGAAAUACGGAAAGGUGCUACCUCGCGGUGCAGUUUUCUCCGUAUUCUAUCCCGUGCACGUUGAAGAGGUGAAAGCUCUCUUCAAAGUGUUCUUCUACGUCAAGAACUAUGACGAUCUUAUCAAAGUUGCGGCUUGGUCUCGCGUCCACCUCAACGAAUUCUUGUUCCCUUACGCCUUCAGCGUCGCUGUCUACCAUCAUCCCCUAUUUAGGAACAUCCGUUUACCGCCUCACAGCGAACUUUAUCCUUCUCUUUACUUCCACAACGAAGUCUUGCAAAAGGCUAAGAACGUGAAGAUCCAGCACGACACGACCGAAACCCAAGUGACUGUGGACGGCGCUAUCAUAAUCCCUGCCAAUUACUCGCACGGAUACCAGCAUUACCAUACCGACGACGAGUGGAAGGUCAGUUAUUACACCGAGGACGUGUCUCUGGCAAAUCUUUUCUACUACUUGCAUCUCGCUCACCCCUUCUGGCUUCGGUUCGACGAAUUUGAACUGCCAUUGAGGAACCCCGGUGAAACAUAUUUGUGGAGUCAUCAGUUGCGAUCGUCACGUUUCUACCUUGAACGUCUUUCGAACGGUUUGGGAGAGGUGAAAAGGAUCAACUGGUACCAUCCGGUGCCCGUUGGUUACCACCCGAGUCUUACUUUCCACAACGGAUUGCCGUUACCCCACCGCGAAGCUGGUUCAGAUUUCGGAGUCUUCUACCUCAUCGACCGCGUCCGCCAGUACCACCAGAGAAUCUUCGAUGCUACCGACUUGGGAUAUUACCGAAACCACACGGGAGAACUGGAAUAUUUCUGGAACAAGAAGGGAAUCGACACCCUUGGACGUAUAAUAGCCGGAUAUCCGAGCCCCGCUCACCCGACCUACUACGGUCCCUACGAAUCUUUCAGUAGAUCCGCUCUAGGAUUCAGUCCGAAACCCGUCAACGAACUCAAGGUGGUACCAAGCGCGCUGGAAUUCGACGGUGUAGCUCAGAGGGAUCCGAUUUACUGGAGCUGGAGCGCCAGCAUGUUGGGAUUCUACGAAAACUUCAUCCAACACCUUCCGCAAUACUCUUGGAACCAAUUGGUGAACAACGAAGUGGAAAUCGUAUCCAUUGACGUGGAUCCGAUUACCACGUUCUUCGACUACGUCGACAUACCGAUCACCAAUGGAGUUAAAAUACGCGACGUGAACGACAGAACCGUCAUCAAGGCCCGCCAGCUACGACUGAACCACAAACCCUUCAACUACCGAUUCCAGCUGAAAACCGACCACGACGUGACCGUGAACAUCCGCACGUUCAUCGGAGCCGUCGAGGACUCCUUUGGAAACCCACUCGACAUCACCGAGAAUUGGCCGAACAUGUUCCUAUUGGACUUCUUCACGAAGAAACUGAAGGUCGGAAUCAACCAAUUCGAACGCAGUAGCUUGCGAGCUGCGAAUACCGCGAACGUCGGGCUGUACGACGAAGAUUUCUACCAGAGCGUUGUAGACGCGAUUGCGGGCAAGAGGAAACUCGAGAUCCCCGAACAAUUCCACGGUUACCCGAACCACCUGGUCAUCCCCAAGGGUACGACCGGUGGAAUGAAGUUCCAGUUCCUCUUCUUCAUCGACAAGUACGACGAGACACACGUUAUCCAUCACAAGUCUCGGUUGAUCGGUGACAAGAUUUACGCCGAUCAACCCCAGGGCUAUCCGCUGGAGAGACCACCAAUCGCGAACUUCACUCUGCUACCGAACGUUCACGUGGAACAUGUGGUGAUCACCCACAAGGAAUUCCGCGAUAUCAAUAGGACAAUCUAAUUCGGUGAUUUCGAAUCACUGAAUUUACAGAACUGAGUUCCUUGAGAUCGACUUUUUAAGAAAUACUAAUGUAAACACGCGAUUCACCUCUACGUAUGCGAGGAACUUCUUUUGUAUAAUCGUGAGAACGAAAAAUUACCGGCAAUUCCACUGUCACUCGACCUUUUCCAAGCAAGACAUUGAAUGCAGAGUUUCAUAUUUGAAUUUAGUUCUGAAUAUAUCAGCGUCGCUGACGUAUUUUAUACUCUCGUACUGAGAAUAAAUAGCAAUCGAUAACAUAA